GCCUAUUGGCUUGGCUUUGAUAAAGGCCAAUUACUCUCCUCCUCCUCCGACCUUCCAUUGCUCGCCUCGCUCCUCCGCUCCCGCGCCGCCGUCUCCGAUGGCCUCCACGAGCCCUAGCCCCGCCUCCCUCUCCACGCCGCUGCUCUCGGGCUCCAUCGCGCCCGCCCGCGGCGCCAACGGGCACGGCAACAACAGCCACCGCCAUCACCACCCCCACGACGACAGCGACGCCGCGGCCUCCGUGUGCGGCGACGGCGGCGGGGACCCGUUCGCGUUCCUCUCGGAGGAUCGGCCGCCGCGGGACCGGGGCGCGUCGCCGGCGGACCCGUUCCGCAACGCGACGCCGGCGGACCCGUUCCGCAACGCGACGCCGGCGUGGGGCGGCGGCGUCUACGCGUGGGCGAGGACGCUGCUGCUCCUGCCGGUCGCAGCGCUGCGGCUGGCGCUGUUCGGGCUCGCCAUCGCGAUCGGGUACGCGGCAACAUGGGUGGCGCUGCGCGGGUGGGCCCACGCGCAGGGGCGGUCGCGGGAGGGCACCGGGCCCAUGCCGGCGUGGCGCCGCCGGCUCAUGUGGAUCACGCGGAUCUCCGCCCGCUGCAUCCUCUUCUCAUUCGGGUACCACUGGAUCAGAAAGAAAGGCAGGCCUGCUCCUAGGGAACUCGCACCUAUAGUUGUUUCCAAUCAUAUCUCGUACAUAGAACCCAUAUUCUUCUUCUACGAAUUGUUCCCAACCAUUGUUUCAUCUGAGUCUCAUGAUGCCCUACCGUUUGUUGGAACAAUUAUUCGGGCGAUGCAGGUUAUAUAUGUUGAUAGAUUCUCACCAGCUUCUAGGAAGGCUGCUGUAAAUGAAAUAAAGAGAAAGGCAGCUUGCAAUAGCUUCCCACGGGUCCUGUUAUUCCCUGAAGGCACCACAACAAAUGGGAGAUUCCUGAUUUCUUUCCAACAUGGCGCAUUCAUACCUGGCUACCCUGUUCAACCUGUUGUUGUCCGUUAUCCACAUGUGCACUUUGAUCAAUCAUGGGGAAAUAUAUCGUUGUUAAAGCUCAUGUUUAAGAUGUUCACCCAGUUUCAUAAUUUCAUGGAGGUAGAGUACCUCCCUGUUGUCUACCCUCCUGAGAUCAAGCAAGAGAAUGCCCUUCAUUUUGCAGAGAAUACCAGCUAUGCUAUGGCACGUGCCCUUAAUGUUUUACCCACUUCUUAUUCAUAUGGUGAUUCAAUGAUUAUGGCACGAGCAGUAGAAGCCGGAAAGGAUAAUUGCUCAAAUUACAUGGUACAAAUGGCUUGGGUAAAAGAUAUGUAUGGUGUAAACACAGCAGAAGCAAUGGAGCUAUUGGAAAACUUCUUGGCUAUGAAUCCAGAUAGCGAUGGACAUGUGAAAGCACAGGACUUUUGGGCUCAUUUUGGUCUGGAUUGCAGUCCUCUGUGUAAGAAGAUAUUUCACUAUUUCAAUUCUGGCAUUACGGAUUCGAUUACAUUCUGUCAGGUAUCAACUUCGAUUUUCAAUUGGAUUUUACAAGAGCCAUGCAGUUUUACAUGCAACAGCAAGAUUUCUGUAAUGCACUGGGCGCAUGUGAGACUGCCUUUGAGAAGUGCAGGGAUCCUGAAACAUCCGACAUCUCCAGGGGACAGCUAGCUGAUGUCCUGCGGUUAAGCAUGCUUCUGCCAUCUGAUGAUGGGAUGUUGAGGCUGUUCAAGACGUUUGAUGUCGACGGUGACGAAAAGAUCAGCAGGGAUGACUUCCUCACAUGCCUUGGGAGGUUCCCCUUCCUGAUAGCGUUCUUUGCAGCCCCGAUCAAUGGGGAGGUGUACAUCGAGAUAGUCUGAAUGUUUGAAGUGGUGGCGUGUAAGAGUAAAGGCUGGAGCCGACAGACGCUGAGACGCGGGCAGGGGAUCCCUCCGUUUAUGCAAUGGGAUACCCACUACGGCUCCUCCAUUUUGAAACCCAAACCCAAAACAUCCUUAUUCUUCGGUGGCAUCAAGUGGCUAACCAGUAUAGUGCGACAGUUUUGUUUCGUUUCUUCGUUGAAAUUAUUGUUUUCAUUUCAGAAACCUUCAGUGAGAUACUCGCCGGACUCUACUUGUGGUAGUAGAAUAUCGAUCGAGCUGAGAGUGCGCAUAGAAAAGAUUUGUAAUCUGAACUCUUGUAAACAAGACAUUUUUGGGCAAAGAAUGACUGUAGAGUUGGUUCC